AUGGCAUUCAACCCGGAAUGGUUGACAAAACCUCCCCCAGUUUUGGACGAUACAGACGAUGUGCUGCGGGCGUUCAUUCUCGAGCCCAAAAUACCGACACACGAACCGAAGCCCUAUUUUAUGCCACGUACUCCAGCCGUAGAGCAGCUGUACGAUAUACCACACGCACCAAUCAUCACACGUAUCGUACCGGACCGGUGCCCGGAAACCGGCAAGGUGUUAGACUUCAUCGAGACGAUGGUGCAGAAUGCGGGUUCAACCGCCAAAAACUCCAUGUCGCUGCAACGUGAGCCCACCGAGUCUCUCGAUUCAGCGCGAGGAUCGGCUUCUUACUUUCCAUUCUGGCCAGGCGGAUUCGACGAGCCGGAAACCGUACUUGCCGGUAUACCGAGCAGUCCGAUGUUUGAGACAAACCUAAAAACCUGUCCACCUGGGUUCAUCUCCGGAGUUGAUUUUCCAUCUGUAACCUCCGUCGAUGACCAAACGGGUCACACGGCCGAGGGCAGUGUGGUCGAUCUUCUGUCAGCGAUUGCUGACGACGACGGUUUCGAGUUGGAGCCGGUAGUGCAACAAAAAGAGACCACCGAAGUAAAGUCGGACGAUACAAUGGAUGGUAAAAAAUCUGUCGACAUUGUCGACGAGGAUCUACUGGCGAUGGAUAAGGAGCUACCCAGUGGGCAAGUGCUGAACAUCUCAACCGUCAGUAAUACCGCCGUACAUUCGGCCGAAUGGGCCGAAAUGCUCGAUAUAUCGAAACCAGUGGAUGAUUUCUACGUCAAAAUUCCCGUUAUGGCGCACCGAUUCCCCUUCGAGCUGGACAUUUUCCAGAAACAGGCAAUCCUUAAACUCGAAGAACACAGCCACGUGUUUGUGGCGGCGCACACCUCCGCUGGCAAGACUGUGGUGGCGGAGUACGCGAUCGCCCUGUCGAAGAAGCACAUGACCAAAACCAUCUACACGUCGCCGAUAAAGGCGCUAUCGAAUCAGAAGUAUCGUGACUUCAAAACCACGUUUCAAGACGUCGGUUUAAUAACGGGCGACAUCCAGGUCGAUCCAACCGCCUCCUGUCUGAUCAUGACAACCGAAAUCCUGCGCUCGAUGCUGUACUGUGGCAGCGACAUAACGCGUGAUCUUGAGUAUGUGAUCUUCGAUGAAGUGCAUUACAUUACCGACUCGGACCGGGGGCACGUGUGGGAGGAGGUACUUAUCCUGCUUCCCGACCACGUGUGCAUCGUGAUGCUGAGUGCGACCGUUCCGAACACGAUCGAAUUCGCGAACUGGGUGGGUAAGACGAAGAAAAAGCGCGUCUAUGUGGUGAGCACGGCAAAGCGGCCUGUACCACUGGAGCACUACCUGUACACCGGUUUCGGUGGCAAGACGAAGAACGAUUCGUUCCUGAUCGUGAACGAACACAGCAAGUUUCUCCAGGAAGGAUAUCGAAAGGCAAAGGAAAGCUGCGAAGCGCGGCAAGUGAAAGGUCCGGCGGGUCGCCGUUCCGGUCCGUACAGCCAGCGACAAGAGCAGACACUUUGGGUCGGAUUGAUCGAUUACCUACAGAAGAAAGAUAAACUGCCGGUGGUGGCGUUCACGUUAUCGCGCAACCGUUGUGACAACAACGCGGAAGCACUGAUGUCCUGUGAUUUGACGACGGCACGGGAAAAGUACGCCGUUACUUCCUUUUUCCAGCAGUGCCUGCAGCGACUGAUCCCGCCCGACCGUGCACUACCGCAGGUGCUGCAAAUGCAGAGCUGCCUCGAGCGGGGCAUCGGCAUUCAUCACAGCGGUAUUCUGCCGAUCCUUAAGGAGAUCGUCGAGAUGCUGUUCGCACGUGGGUUGGUGAAAAUUUUGUUCGCCACGGAAACGUUCGCGAUGGGCGUGAACAUGCCCGCGCGGACGGUCGUUUUCGAUAGUACGCGGAAGUUCGAUGGGCUAGCCGUACGCACACUGCAAACGUCGGAGUACACGCAGAUGGCGGGUCGUGCCGGUCGGCGUGGUCUCGACAAAACCGGUACAGUGAUCAUAAUAUGCAAACAAAACAUCCCGACCGACGCCGAACUGAACACGAUGAUAUUGGGCAAACCGAUUCGAUUGGAGUCGCAGUUCCGCCUUACGUAUGCUAUGAUGCUGUACCUGUUGCGGGUAGAGUUGGUCACGGUCGAGAACAUGAUGCUGCACAGCUUCAGGGAGUUUGGGAAGCGACAGGAGCUACCGAAGAGCAAACUCGAGCUCAGCAAAGUGCAAGAGAAGGUGUCGUCUUUGAGUAAGCUUGGUGACCAUCUGGCACCGUUGGGCGGAUUCUAUGAUGCCGCGUAUGAGUACAUUAAGCUGUGGGAUGAACUGCUCCCUAAACAACUCUGCCAACCGAAGGCGAUAAACGAGCUUAAACUGGGACGCGUGUUGCUGGUUACGGAUCGAAACCACUACAACAAGUUGGGCAUACUGCUCUCGGUAUCCACGCAGUCACACAAAGAGAUGAAGCUCACCGUACUCGUGUUGGAUCACGAAUCCGCGGUUCCGUACGCUCCUGCCGAUACGCUUGAUCGCGGCCCGCUAUGGCACCGGAUGUUGUCACUCGCACUACCCUACGCAACCUUCUCACCAGAGGGUGUUGGUGGGCAUUGCGUGUUGACGUUGCAACCCGCUAAUGUGCUCGAAGUAACGAAGCAUGUGAUAAAAUGCGAUACCAGCAGCAUAAUUCGUAGCUGGGAAACACGGCUCAUUCCGCGUUUUUACGAUUCACCUCCGUCUCAAACGACUAUCGAGGCGGUGGCCAGUUUGGCCGAGCUGAACGCGUCCGUAAUACAGACCGGUUCAGCCACCGGUACGCUGGAAUGUGUGCGCUUCCCGCGGGAUCUUGAAAACCUAACCCUAACGGAACAGCUUAAGGUGGCUUUGGGCCGGAUGACGCAAUGGCUCCCGUACACAAACAUAGCCAAUUUCGAGCAGGAAUUCGCACUUGUUUACGAUCGCAAGCAGCUCGAGCGGAAGCUGGAAGAGCUGAAGUUCCAGGUGUCCUACGAAAGCAUGUCAUUGUACCCUGAUUACUGCCGGAAGUUGCAGGUGCUGCAGGAGCUCAAGUACAUUGACGACAUGCAGCAAGUGGCUAUGAAGGGACGCGUUGCUUGCGAGAUGGGCCAGAACGAGCUGAUGAUUACGGAGCUGGUGAUGCGCAACAUCUUGACUGAUCUGCAACCAGCUGAAAUUGCUGCCCUGCUCUCGAGCUUGGUAUUUCAGGCCAAAACCGAUGUCACGCCAACGCUCACCGAAACUCUGCAAAAGGCCGUGAAGCAAUUUAUGGAGGUAGAAAACGACAUCCGGCGCGUCGAGCAACAGUUUAUGGUUACGGAUGGGCCAAAGAAGGAGGAACUGAACUUUGGCCUGGUGGAGGUGGUAUACGAGUGGGCCUGCAACAAACCGUUCGCCGAGAUCAUGACGCUGACCGAUAUCAAGGAGGGCAUCAUCGUGCGCUGCAUCCAGCAGCUCAACGAGACGCUCUGCAAUGUGAAGGAUGUCGCCCGCAUCAUUGGUGAUCCAGUGCUGCAUAGCAAAAUGGAGGAAGCAUCGAACACGAUCAAACGGGACAUUGUAUUUGCGGCAAGCUUGUACAUCUCCAGUACGCCUAUCGUUAUCGCCGAUGUGUAG